ACUCCAACAACAACGCCGGCGGGCAUCGCCCCGUCGGCAUGGCCGACGACGCCGCCGCCCACGUCCGCGACGGGUUCAACAAGUGGUGGGAGACCUUCAACAAUGGCGGCGCCGUGGAAGAUGAGCCGAUGGUGGACUCCGACUCCGAUUUCGAGCAGGGCGCGGAGGAGGAGGAGGAUGCGGGCGAGCGCGACCGGAAGGUGGAGCCGGACGCCCUCGCCCCCGCCGGGAGGGAGGGCAGCAGCGGCGCCGCCCGCGAUUGCGACGUUGCAGAGGAGGAGAUUUCCGAGGAUGGCCAUUUUCAGCUUGAAAGUGUGCUGCAGGGAAUGAAGAGAGAAGCUGCCGCCGGACGAAAUACACCGCGGGCUACUGCAGCUGAGACCCGUGAUGAAGAAGGUCAAGCGGAAUGUUUAGAUGCAGAGGAGUAUGUUUCUGAGGAUAACUACGCUGGAGGUGAGUUCCAAGCAAAGAAGAGGAAAGCAACCGUAACAACAGGCAAACCGCAGACGGUUGGAUCUGGGAUCCUGAACCAAAAUGCUCAUGUUACGGAGGAGAAUUGUGAGGAUAACCAUUUUCAGCAUGAAGAUGGGCUGCAAGGAAGGAACAGAGAAGCAGCCGCCAAACUAAAUACACCAUGGGCUUCUGGAGAUGAGAUCCAGAACGAAGAAGAUCAAGAGGGAUAUUUUUCUGAGGACAAGAUUGGAGGCGGGCAGCAAGGAAGGAAGAGGAAAACAACAGUGGCACCCAGCAAACAACAAAUGACCGGAAUUAAGAUCCAGAAGAAAAAUGCUUUUGGUGAGUGCCUGAGAGCUGAGAAUCAGAUGCUGAGGCUGCAGCUUGUUCGCAAGACGAAAGAGCUUGAGGCUGAGCAGAUUAGGAGACUUGAGCUAGAAUUGCAUUUUAUGAAAAAGGAGAACGAGUUUCUGAGGAAGCAGCUUGAAGAGUUGAAAGCUGAGAAUGAGUACUAUAAGAAGACCGCAAAGCCAACAAAAACCCAAAGGCUGUGCAGGUUCUGUAAGGAGUAUGUCGACCACGACUUCCGUAACUGCCCCGAGAGACGCGCUUCCGCUUGUUCUGAAGAAGACGACGGCUCCAUCUAACAUCCUGUGAAGUUAUGCUGUGUUACACUACGAUCUGUAGAAUCUGCUCGUGCGGCAGUGCGCAAGCCUUUUGUUGAUUUUAGUGAUGCUUUUGCAAUUAUAUUAGCUCUAGUGACAUCUAGUUACCACGUAUCUUAGAAACAGGUUUGCUGCAGAAACAUGAAAUGUCUGCUGCACUUGAUCUGUUGAGCUCCUCUGAUGUUUAUGUGAGAACCUGAAGGCUAGUCUGAUUAGUACUGAAUCUUCUGGGAAACAACGUACUAGCAAAGCAAA